GUCAUUGUUCUAUGUUUUAUGUUGGUUAUACAUAAAUAUGUGUUAAACCUAGAGACAAACACUGAGGCAACAUCGGGCGACAAGCUCAGACAGCCAGGAAAUCGAUCGACUCUAUACGCUAGGCGCCAAACUCCAUUUAAAAAGUGUUUGCUUUGAGCAGUCAGGAUGGGUCGCUCCUCCAAAGACAAGAGGGACAUUUACUACCGUUUGGCCAAAGAGGAGGGCUGGAGAGCGAGGAGCGCCUUCAAGCUGCUGCAGCUCGAUCAAGAGUUCAACCUGUUCACAGGUGUGAACAGAGCUGUGGAUCUUUGUGCAGCUCCUGGCAGCUGGAGUCAGGUCCUCAGUCGCAAACUUAGAGGGCAGGAGGAGAAAGGUGAGAAAGGUGAGGCAGGUGAGGAGGUCAAGAUCGUGGCGGUAGACCUGCAGGCCAUGGCUCCCCUUCCAGGAGUCACUCAGAUCCAGGGAGACAUCACCAAGGUGUCCACUGCUGAGGAGAUAAUUCGCCACUUUGAGGGUCAACCGGCCGACCUGGUCGUUUGUGAUGGAGCUCCGGAUGUGACUGGGCUCCAUGAUGUGGAUGAGUACAUCCAGGCUCAGCUCCUAUUGGCAGCUCUGAACAUAACCACUCAUGUCCUGAAACCUGGAGGAACAUUUGUGGCCAAGAUCUUCCGAGGUAAAGAUGUGACGCUGCUGUACUCUCAGCUGAAGGUCUUCUUCAGCGGUGUGACCUGUGCCAAGCCUCGUAGCAGCAGGAACUCCAGCAUCGAGGCCUUUGUGGUUUGUCAGAAUUACUCUCCUCCUGAAGGUUACAUCCCAAACAUGUCCAACCCUCUGCUGGAUCACUCCUAUGAUGUAGAUUUUAACCAGUUGGAGGGUCCAAACCGUGUCAUUGUUCCCUUCCUGGCAUGUGGUGACCUCAGUGCCUUUGACUCAGACAAAACCUACCCUCUGCAGCUCGAUGCUGGCAAAGAGUACCAGUACACCCCACCUAUCCAGCCACCAAUACGCCCCCCCUACCAGGAGGCCUGCCACCUCCGCAAAAACAACCUGCUGUCCAAAGAGGACACUCCGUCUGUCUGUCCCAAACAGAGCCGAGAUAAGCCAAAGACACUGGCUGAGACCACAUGAUCCACCUGUCAGUUGCUGAUUGGUGGAAAAAGAAAAAAAGUUUGGUGUAGAUAUACGAGACAAUUACCACAAAAAGAAAAUAAUUUUCCUGCCAGGUGAUUAUUUCUGUUCAUCCAGUCCAGCAAUUGGUCCGGGGAACUUGUAGCCUAAUCUUAGCACUGAUGGCCAGUUCAUGCUUUUUGCGUCUGGCAGAUAAGCGAACUGAAAACACGGACACAGAACAUUCUACAAUAAGGCUGGUGGUCUGCUACACAGCCGCUUGCAUUUCCCCUCAUAUCAAACACAGAAAAAUGUAUGAGGAAACAGCAGGUAACUACCGACAGUGUGUGAACAUAGAACAGGGACCUCUGGAGAACUUUCUACUGUGUUUGGGCUCCCGCAAUGCUCGAACUCCUCCAAAGUCCAGGAGGAACUAAUUUAACUACAGCCAUGUUAAUGAUAAAUUACAAAGGUGUGGAUGGUUGAAAUUGUCCUCGUACCACCUCUCUUCAUACCAAACAUUUGUUUUAAUCACCACUUGUCUUCCUGGCCAGUGUGCUGCAGGUAAGCUUGUAGUGAACAGUGGACAGUUCAGUGUGGAUGCAGAAAGCAUGAAUCAGCCUUAGAGGAUGUAGCUAAGCUUGGGUAGACUUGUCUGGGACGUUUUUCUGUACUGGAUGUUUUCCAAGUGGAUGAGUAUGUUUUAAUUGUUUUCUGGUUUUAAUUAGAGUUUUUUUAGAUCUUUACAUUCAUCACUUGUGAAUUGUGACAAUUAUAUAUUCGAACUUUUAAUUAAAAAGUUGUUUUUAGAGGCAAA